AUGGUAUCUAAGAGAGGGGUCAAAAAAAAUACUACCAAAAAUUCUGGAAAGAAAAAUAAUAAAAGUCAAGAAAAUGAAGAAACUGCCGAAGCUGACAGUCCUGAAUUAAAUGCCCAAACUGAACAAAGCGAUAAAAAUGGCCAAAAUGGCCAAAAUGACCAAAAUAAUAUUUUACUAAUUGGUGAUGAUAACUUAUCAUUUUCUCAGUUUAUUAUUGAGGCAUAUCCAGUCUCAAAUCUGUAUAUUGCAAGCACACUUACUGAGCUUGAAAUUAAUUAUAUGAUUCGAGAUUUGGAAAUGAAAAAAAAAAUAAGAGAAAAAAAUGAACAUAUAGAAAAAUUAAAUGAAAAUUCAAGGACAAACUUAGAUGCAGAAAUAAUAGACAAAGAAAAAAAUGAACCUUUUUAUUAUACUAAAAAAUUUAAAGAAAAAUAUGCAAAUAAAAAUAUUCAUCUUAUUUUUAAUACAAACUUAUUUAUUCUAAAAUCAUAUUUUCCUACUAACUUUUUUCAUACCAUAUUUUUGAUUUUGCCUGGAAUGUGCUAUAACAUAAAAGAGAAGGGGCUUAUAUAUAGUGACCAAAUAACUACACUCAGAUUAUAUUAUUUUAUUAUUUCAAUUAUAAUCGAAGUUAUAAAUGUAUCCAUAAAAAAUGUACAGGUUCAUAUAUUAUGGACAACGGAGAAACUUAAAAAUUUAGUGGAAAAUAAUAAUAUUGCCAAAUCUGAAAUAAAUAAAGAAGAUGACGAAAAAAAUAGUAUAACUAAUACUUUAGCAUCUCUUAAAAAUCUAGUUUGCAAUAUCGAUUCUGAAAAUGUGAAUCAAAUUUCAGAGGAAAGGGACCCAACUCAAUCAAAUAAGGAUAUUGAGCAUUCUGAAAAAUUUUAUGAGGAAGAUGCAGAUGGUAACGAAGUGGGUGCCAACGAAGUGGGUGUAAAUGGCGACGAAGUAGAUGUGGAUGCCAACGAAGUAGAUGUAGACGUAGAUGCAGAUGCAGAUGUAAAUGGUAACGAAGUAGAUGCAGAUGUAGAUGUGAAUGGUAAUGAAAUAGAUGCAGAUGUAAAUGGUAAUGAAAUAGAUGCCGAUGCAGAUGGUAACGAAAUAGAUGCAUAUGCAGAUGUAAAUGGCAACGAAGUAGAUGCAUAUGCAGAUGCAGGUGCAGGUGCAGAUGGCAACGAAGUUGAUAUAAAAUUGUCAAACGAUCCUAACAUUUGCUUGGACCAGGAGAACAUCGAUGCAGAAAAUGGCCAAGAAGAACAGCCACAAAAAGCGGGAAAGGCAGACGAAUCUGAUUGGGUCGAAGAAUCGGAUGAAGCAGAAAAUUUUGAUGAUGAGGAUAAGAAUGAAAUUCUCGAUAUCUUCAAUCUGAAAAAUAAUAUUAUCACAAAAACUGUUUCAGAAUUAAACGAAAUGGAACAAACUGAAAAUGAUCAAAUAAUUUAUUUUGUUGAAAAUAAAAUUCAAGGAAAUCCACUGAUUGCAAACAUGUGGAAAUUCCCUCUUCUUUAUGAAAUAGAUUUGGACAAACUUAUGCGGUUAUUCAACUUUGAGUCUGAAUCAAGUGGAGAUGUAAAUAAAGGCGAGCCAAAUGUAGAAGCAGAUAAAGGAGAGCCAAAUGUAGAAGCAGAUAAAGAAGAGCCAAAUGCAGAAGCAGAUGCAGACGAACCAAAUGCAGAAGCAGAUGCAGACGAACCAAAUGUAGAAGUAGAUCUCAAAAUAAAUAUUGAUCCGAAUGAACUAAGCAAUAAAUUUGUUCCUAUCAUAUACGGAAAACAUUUUAUAUAUAACAACUUUUUGAGUAAGUGUAAAUUUUAUUCAUUUAUUUUAAAAAAAAAAAAAAAAAUAUUAAUACCAGAAGAGUUAGCCAUUUUAAUGCAAAAUAAUAUAAUAGGAGAAAAUUAUAAUAUAGAAACUUAUAAAGAUUUAAAAAAUAUAUAUUAUUGUAUUUUUAAAGAGAUUGAAAAAACAUAUAAAACAGUAAAAGAUCAAGUACAUCACAUUUCAAAUAUACGAUACAAAUUAUAUUUAAAUAGAAAUAAACAAGAGAAUCAAAAUAAUAAUAUUAUAAAACAAUAUAUGCCAUUUCAUGUUUUUCAAAAUAAUUUAAAUAUGAAAAUAAAACAUAAAAUAAUUUUGGACGAAUUAUGGAAAAAAAUUUUUACUCCUAUUAAUUUUGGUCGUGCAAAUGAAGAUAUAAAUAAAUAUUUUGAAUUUUUUGUUUUUUCAAAAUUUCCAAAAAAUAGAACAAUUCACAAAAUAAAUAAAUUAUAUCUUAAAUUAAACGUAAGUAGAAGAGCAUAUACUGAUAAUAAUGCUAAAUAUAGUUACACACAAAAUUAUAAAAAUAAUUAUCAUCUUAUUAAUGAUAAUAAAAAUAAACCACCUUUGCUUCCAACGCCAGGAAAAGAUAUGUAUAAAAAUUCGAAUCAUGAUAAAUACAAAUAUAAUGUUUCUAAUAGUUUUAAAAAAAUAAAUAAUGUUUAUAAAAAUACAUCUUCUUAUAAUACUAGUGGUGUAUAUAAUAAAAUGUACAGACAUGAUAAAUCUCGAAACAUUUCAAAUAAUUAUGAAAAUAAAAGAGAACUUAAAAAUAAAACUUAUGGCCGUUCAGGUGAAAAUACACACAGAUCAAUACGAUCAAACAACAUUAACUCUCAAAAUCAUAACAAUAGUUUUAAUAGCUAUAAUAGAAAUAACCAUGACAAUGGGUCAUACAAUAAUAUUAUGAACAAGUCAUAUAACCAUAGCCAUAACCAUGGUCAUAAUCAUGGCCAUAAUAAUCGCGGAACUAGCCAUAACCAUAGUCAUAACAUGAUAAGCUAUAAUAAUAAAACAUCUCGAAAUAACAUGCACAAGUCAGGUGAUAUUCGAAAAGAUUUAAAAAGUAUCGAUGGACGAAGUGAUACAAGAGGAGGAGGUGGAAGAAGCCAAGCAAGAAGUGAUUUUUAUAAUAAUCAUAGAUAUGAUAAUAAAAAUAUAAAAAGAAGAAGAGAUGAUUCAUAUGAAACGAGGCAAGAUGAAGAUAAUGAAAAUUAUUUAAAUAGAAGAUAUGAUAAAAAAAUAAGGAAUAAUGAUUAUGAUAUGAAAUCUCGAAUAUAUGAUGAAAAAAAUCAAAAAAAAUAUUCCAGAAAUAAUACAGAAAUGCAAGAUCCAUAUGCAUCUACAAAAGAUUCAAAUAAAUAUUACGACAUAUCAAACAAUGAAAAAAAUUCUGAAAAAAAAAACUGGAAAUUUCCACCACCACCACCAAAUAUUCCUCCUUUAUAUGAUUCUCAAUCACAAAAAAGGAACAGCACCUUUUAUCAUGGAAGUGACGAUUAUUAG